CCUCACAUAAAGUCUUGAGGCUCCGGAGCUCGAGCGCAGCACAACGCGCUGGAGGAAGGACGCGCUCGGUCGGACCUGUUCGUGCGGCUUAUUCCUGACCCGGUUCGUUUCACUGGCGUCUGCGCAGAGUAACGCUGCACUGAGUGAGCGGAGCCGGAGACGCAGCGCUCGGUUUCACCAACCCGGUUUCUUUGCGUUUAGGGACAAAGUCUCUGCGUUUCGGGAACGGAUACGAGGGGAGUCCCGCACCUGAGAGGCGACUUGUUGAGGACAUCAUGCCUCAGACUCCACCGUUCACUGGGCAGCUCAACACCGGCGGCUACAACAAGAACCUGUUCCAGGCCAAGCAGGAAGGAUUCCCCGGCCUCCGUUACCAUGACAACAACCUGGUGUCUGGCUCCCUGGAGGCCCUCGUCCACCACUUGGUCCCGACCGUGGAUUAUUAUCCAGAUAGAACAUACAUUUUCACAUUCCUGCUCAGCUCUCGUCUCUUCAUCCACCCGUACGAGCUCAUGUCCAAAGUCUGUCACCUGUGUAUGGAACAGCAGCGUCUGGGCGAGGCCCAGGUAGACAAGAUGAGAGUCAGGAAGAUUGCCCCCAAGAUCCUGCAGCUGCUCACAGAGUGGACGGAGACCUUCCCCUACGACUUCAGGGAUGAGAGGAUGAUGCGCAGCCUGAAGGAGCUGACCCAGCGUCUGGCCAGUGGAGAUGAGGUUUACAGGAAGGCGGUUGGCCAGAUGAGCCAGGGCCUGAUCCGAAGGCUGACUGUGCUGAGUCAGUACGAGGAGGCGCUGGUCAAGAUAAACGCCACGGCCACCGAGAGACUGACGGCGCUGAAAGCCAAGCCGCAGGCGGCCAUCCAGAGAGACAUGAUGUCCAUCUGCAACGACCCCUUCACCGUCGCCCAGCAGCUCACGCACAUAGAACUGGAGAGACUGAGUUACAUCGGACCAGAGGAGUUUGUGCAGGCCUUCGUCCAGAAGGACCCUCUGGACAACGAUAAGAGGUGCUUCAGUGACCACAAGAAGGCCAGCAACCUGGAAGCCUACGUCGACUGGUUCAACAGACUCAGUUAUCUGGUGGCUACAGAAAUCUGCAUGCCUGGGAAGAAGAAGCACAGGGCUCGAGUCAUGGAGUUCUUCAUCGACGUAGCGAGAGAAUGCUUCAACAUCGGCAACUUUAACUCCCUCAUGGCCAUAAUCUCUGGGAUGAACAUGAGUCCGGUGUCGCGGCUGAAGAAAACCUGGAGCAAAGUGAAAACGGCAAAGUUUGACAUCCUAGAGCACCAGAUGGAUCCUUCCAGCAACUUCUACAACUACAGGACGGCGCUGAGAGGAGCCACCCAGCGGUCGAUCACGGCCAACAGCAGCAGAGAGAAGAUUGUCAUCCCUUUCUUCAGCCUCCUCAUAAAGGACAUCUACUUCCUGAACGAGGGCUGUUCCAGCCGACUGCCCAACGGACACAUCAACUUUGAGAAAUUCUGGGAAUUGGCCAAACAAGUGAGUGAGUUCAUGACGUGGAAGAAGGUGGAGUGUCCGUUUGAGAAGGAUCGGAAGAUUCUGCAGUACCUGCUGACGGCUCCGGUCUUCACCGAGGACGCUCUGUAUCUGGCUUCAUACGAGAGCGAGGGUCCUGAGAACAACAUGGAGAAGGACAGAUGGAAGUCUCUGAGAUCCUCUCUGCUGAACAGGGUCUGAACCAGAGUAAAACCCAACCCCUGACCCGCGGGCCGUGCCCGGUCAGCGCCGCAGUAUCCCUGUGUUGGAAGGGAAACGUCGGCUGCACGAGGACCUUUUGCCUCCCGCAGCUUCGUAUUUGUAUCAAGCUCCGCUUCUCCCUGGCCUCCUGCUCGAUGUGCUGUAUAUCUGACGACAGCUGCUUUGUUUCUCUUUGUGAGACUGUUCAACCUCCUUCUUUUACAAAGAGUGGAGUCACUACAGACCCUGUGACUGGAGGCUGGAAGCCUUUGGCCCUGGUGAAGCUACGCUACAGUUAGCCGCUGGUUGGCUAACGCGAUGAAACCGCUCCUGGUUCCACAAGCCAGCGUUCUCUGGACGGAGACACCAAACCUUGACCUGCAAACACUGUUUACCAUGAAGCUACACACUAUUUGUAGUUUGUUUGUCUCUCUACAUGUUCUGAUUAUUUUAUUAGUUAUAUAAAAAAAUGCACCGGCUGCAUUUUACAGAAGAUGUUCCUGCUUUUGUUUGUGUGUUUUAUAAAGUUUUGUGUGACACUUCCUCCUGUCCUACACAGUGGAGCAGAACCGGCCCGGCCCGGCUCGGGGCUCAGGUCCCGGCUCGGCUCGGGCCCUGUGUUAGCUCUCUGCUGCUGCCCUCUGUUCCUGCUAGUGUAGAAUGUGGCGGUGCUGCCCCCUGCUGGCUCAGUCACAAAACUAACCGUGUGGUUAAAAUGUGAAGUGUGAGGAUUUGUGUUUAAAAGUGAAAAUUGACCCAUAAGUUUAUUUAUAGAUGUUUGUGUAGCCAUUAUUUAAUUUUGUACCAGCUGCAUAACGUCCCUCAGAUUUUGGCUUAACUAUUAUUUUUUUCUACGACACUUGUUUUUCAAGGCAGCAGCUCAGAAUAUGAAGUGAAAUGUGUUGGGCUGAUUCGUGUGCUUCGCCUUGACCACUGCUCCCUCCACACGAUGCUGAUGUGCUUUGUGUACAUACUGUCCUCUUCUGUUUUCCUCUCGCUGUGUUCACACGCUUGUAUUUGGACAAGUUACUAGAGGAAUCAUUUACAAACCAUUUAUUUGUGUUUAAAGAGACUUAUUAAAAGACUUUGAAAUGA